GAGGCCACUGACCAGAUGCAGUCAGAAUCUCUGUCUCCACAGUCCAACACUAUGUCAUCAAGGACUGGACCAGUUAUUCCCAACCGUGUCUUUGUCAAAGGAUUUGAUUCUGAGACUAGUGAAGAUGACCUGAAGGAGUUUUUUGCUCAGUAUGGCAGUGUGAGAGAAGUGAAGAUAGUAAAUGACAGAGCUGGAGUAUCAAAGGGGUAUGGCUUCAUUACUUUUGAAACUCAAGAAGAUGCAGAGAGGAUUCUACAAUAUAUUCCAGGUUCUGCUGUAACCCCAGAAGCUGCUACAGUGCAGUUUACUUCAAGUGGAUAUCCCUAUGUUUUCUAUAAUGGAGUGGCUUAUUUUCAUACAACUGUGGUUUCUCCUGUUCUGCCAGUAAGUAAUUUAUUGGUUUCCAGUCCACCUGUGAUGGUCUCUGCACCAGUGUAUCAGUCUCCUACCUACCACUAUCAGGGACCAGCACAGUUUCUUCCAAGUCAGUCGCAGUGGCCUGUUCUUCAAUCUCUUACUAAUUCACUUCCACUCGGGUAUCUGCAGCAAUCUGAAGUUUUCCAUGAGCCAGUAGGAAUUCCCCAGGAAGGUGGAUAUGUAUCUGUACCUCUCCUAAUGGGAGUUGCAGUUCCUGAG